GACUCGGGAGAUGGAGGAAAAGGAGCAAUUACGGCGACAGAUCCGUCUCCUGCAGGGUCUGAUCGAUGACUACAAAAACCUCCAUGGCAAUGGCUCUGCCCCCGGCACCUCAGCUGCUUCCCGGUGGCAACCACCUGCUUACAACAGCAGCAGGGCCUUCAGUGCCUGCUACCCUCGCCCAAGCCAGAGGGGCUUCUCCCCGAACCACGGGCCUGCGUGGCGCAAGAAAUACUCCCUUGUGAAUCGGCCCCCGGGACCCUCAGACCCACCCGGUGACUGUGCUGUGCAGCUGCCCCUCAGGGCUGGGGGCAGCCAGGGUCCUGACCCCCAGCAGCAUGUCCUGGAGAGGCAGGUGCAGCUUAGUUCAGAUCAGAACAUGGUCAUCAAAAUCAAACCACCAUCAAAACCGGGUUCGGCUAGUGCUGCAGGGGUCCCUCGGGGCUCCUUGGAAGAAUUUGAGGACCCCCCCUGGAGCGACCACAGGCCUCAGGAGGGUGAGGGCGAGCCCCCGGGGGGACAGCGGCAACCCCCAAAGCCAGGAAGAGUCAAGGGGAGCUGUGGUGCAGAGGACCCCCUUCUGGUCUGCCAGAAGGAGCCUGGCAAGCCUCGGGUAGUGAAGUCCGUGAGCAGCAUGAGUGACAGCCCCUCAGAGCCCCGGCGGACUGUCAGUGAGAGUGCAGUUGCUGUCAAGGCACGCUUCGCGGCGUCCACCCUGCCCCAGCGCAGUGGCGUGGCUGUGGGCCGGAAGGUGGGCUCACACUCUGUGGCCAGCUGUGUCGCACAUCUCCUCGGAGAUGGGAGAGUGAAUGCUGGCCACACAGAUCAGCCAGCUUCCGCUGGUGGGGUGGCCGGCCCAGCUAGACCAGCUUCUGGACCCAGGCAGGCCCGAGAGUCCUCACUGCUUGUGUCCUGUCGGACCAACAAGUUCCGGAAAAACAACUACAAGUGGGUGGCCGCUUCAGCGAAGAGCCCCCGGGCCACUCGGAGGGCCCUCAGUCCCAGAGCAGCCUCAGAGAAUGUGGGUAAGGCCCCCUUUGGCACAGCAGAACAAGUGGAGAAGCCACAGCUCAGAGCUGCUCCGGAUGCCAAGCCCAGGAGGUCGGCUGCGUCCUCCACGGCUGGGGCCUCCCCCAGCAAGUACAAGUGGAAAGCAUCCAGCCCCUCGGCCUCCUCAUCCUCCUCCUUCCGUUGGCAGUCGGAAGCUGGUAGCAAGGACCACGCCUCCCAGCUCUCUCCCGUCCCAUCUCGGUCCCCCUCGGGGGACAGACCAGCAGUGGGACCCAGCAGUUUGAAGCCCCUCUUCAGCGAGACCCCACUCUCGGCUUACAAAGUGAAGAGCCGCACCAAGAUCAUCCGGAGGCGGGGAAGUGCUAGCCUUCCUGGGGACAAGAAGAGCAGCCCCCCACCUGCUGCCACUCCUAAGAGCCAGUUCAGCCUGCGGCGGAGGCAGGCCCUCCGGGGAAAGAGCAGCCUCAUUCUGAAGAAGACGCCCAACAAGGGCUUGAUGCAGGUCACCAGGCACCGACUGUGCUGCCUGCCUCCAGGCCGGGCCCACCUCCCCACCAAGGAAGCGUCCAGUCUGCACACCCCGCGGACCCCUCCCACCAGCAAAGUGAUCAAGACCCGCUACCGCAUCGUCAAGAAGACCCCAGUAUCUCCUCUCAACGCCCCCCAGUUACCCCUGUCCCUGCCCUCCUGGCGGGCACGGCGGCUCUCCCUGUCCAGGUCUCUGGUGCUGAACCGCCUGCGCCCCGCUGCCGGGGGUGGGAAGGCCCAGCUCAGCUCUUCUCGGUGGCGGAAUAAAGGCUACCGCUGCAUCGGGGGCGUCCUGUACAAGGUGUCAGCCAACAAGCUCUCUAAGACCUACGGCCGGCCCGGCGACAGCAGCAGCAGGCCCCUCCUGCGCACAGGCCGCGUGGAUCCUACCAGCAGCUGCAGCCGCUCCCUGGCCAGCCGGGCCGUCCAGCGCAGCCUGGCCAUUGUCCGGCAGGCGAGGCAGCGGCGGCGGAAGCAGCAGCAGGAGUACUGCAUGUACUACAACCGCUUCGGCAGGUGCAACCACGGCCAGCACUGUCCCUACAUCCACGACCCCGACAAGGUGGCCGUGUGCACCAGGUUUCUCCGGGGCACGUGCAAGAAGACAGAUGGGACGUGCCCCUUCUCCCACCACGUGUCCAAGGAGAAGAUGCCUGUGUGCUCCUAUUUCCUGAAGGGGAUUUGCAGCAACAGCAACUGUCCCUACAGCCAUGUCUACGUGUCCCGGAAGGCAGAGGUCUGCACGGACUUUCUCAAAGGCUACUGCCCACUGGGCGCAAAGUGCAAGAAGAAGCACACACUGCUGUGCCCUGACUUCUCCCGCAGGGGCCUCUGCCCCCGGGGCGCCCAGUGUCAGCUGCUGCACCGAGGCCAGACGCGCCUUGGCCGGCGGGCAGCCCCUACCCCGGAGCCCGGCAGCGCGCCCCCCAGGAGCAAGGCCUCCUCCAGCCACGGACCCAGGAAGUCCUCGGCUGCCCAGCGCCCCACCAGACAGACGCCCAGCUCCCCUACCUCCGUGGCUGCUGGCUCGGCCUCCCCUCCCUCCUCCCCACGGGGGUUAGCCGCAGCCUCGGGCUCUCCCCUGUCAUCCAAGCCGCCCUCCUCCCCGCUCUCCUCCUCCUCCCCCCCCCUGUCCUUGGACCAGGAGGAGCUGUCUCUCCAGGAGGAGGCUGCCUCGGCAGCGACUGGCUCCAGCAGCCUCUCCAAGCUGCCUUCCUUCAUCUCCCUGCAGUCCUCGCCGAGCCCAGGAGGCCAGCCCAGGGCCCGGACCCCCAGGAGCCCCCCAACCAAGGACUCAGGGAAAACUCUGCACAUCAAACCCCGUCUGUGAGGGCCCAGGGGGCCAGCCCGCGCCUACCUCAGCCCCUCGUUCCUGGAGAGGAAGAAGGCCCAUGCCCCAGAGGAGAGGCCGCCUGCCACCGAGUCUCCCCCGGGAGCCCCAGGGCCGUGGCUCUGCCCACCUGGCCCUCAGCCUUCCGUGACCAGUGUGUGCCCAGGGCUCUGCCCAGCCAGCCCCUCUGCACACCCACCUUCCUCCCACUCCCCCCAGCCCAGAGGGGUGCCGGGCAGGGCUCCCAGCCAGGCCUGUGCCCACUGUGGGUGUGAGCAGCAGUGCUACGCACCCCCCACCUCCCCCCAGGACUCCUGCCAGGCUCCCUGGUGGGUGUUUUAUGUUCAGCAAUAAAGGUUCU